UGACAGCGGGGACGCGGCGCCGGCGAGCGGGAGGAAAUGGCGGCGGCGGCGGCGCCGGGCGGCACCGGGAGGCCUGGGCUGUGACGCACGCGCCGGAGCGGGGUCCGAUGGUUCUCGAAGGCCCGCGGCGCCCCGUGCUGCAGGUUACCUAGGGUAUGAAUUAAUACAGACUUGGAAACUGAAAGAACUUAGAAUCAGCAUUUUGAGAGCAGAAGCAUGGGCAUGCUGUGAUUUUCCAAUAAACUGCUGUCACAAUGUCACAAUGCAGUGCAGACAACAGCAACACAGAGAUCACACAUUAAAACGUAAGCUGUGCUAGAACAAAAAUGCAAUGAAAGAAACACUGGAUGAAUGAAAAGCCCUGCUUUGCAACCCCUCAGCAUGGCAGGCCUGCAGCUCAUGACCCCUGCUUCCUCACCAAUGGGUCCUUUCUUUGGACUGCCAUGGCAACAAGAAGCAAUUCAUGAUAACAUUUAUACGCCAAGAAAAUAUCAGGUUGAACUGCUUGAAGCAGCUCUGGAUCGGAAUACCAUAGUCUGUUUGAACACUGGCUCAGGGAAGACGUUCAUUGCAGUGCUACUCACUAAAGAGCUGUCCUAUCAGAUCAGGGGAGACUUCAGCAGACAUGGAAAAAGGACUGUGUUCUUGGUCAACUCUGCAAACCAGGUUGCUCAGCAAGUGUCGGCUGUCAGGACUCAUUCAGACCUCAAGGUUGGGGAAUACGCACACCUAGAAGUACUUGCAUCUUGGACUAAAGAGAAAUGGAACCAGGAGUUUACUAAGCACCAGGUUCUCAUUAUGACUUGCUAUGUCGCCUUGAUUGUUUUGAAAAAUGGUUACUUGUCACUGUCAGACAUUAACCUUUUGGUGUUUGAUGAAUGUCACCUUGCAAUCCUAGACCACCCAUAUCGAGAAAUUAUGAAGCUCUGUGAAAGUUGUCCGUCAUGCCCUCGUAUUUUGGGACUAACUGCUUCCAUUUUAAAUGGGAAAUGUGAUCCAGAGGAAUUAGAAGAAAAGAUUCAGAAACUGGAGAAAAUUCUUAAGAGUAAUGCUGAGACUGCAACCGACUUGGUGGUCUUAGACAGAUACACUUCUCAGCCCUACGAGAUUGUGGUGGACUGUGGACCAUUUGUGGACAGAAGUGGGCUUUAUGAGAGACUGCUGAUGGAAUUAGAGGAAGCACUUAAUUUUGUCAAUGACUGUAAUAUAUCUGCACAUUCAAAAGAAAGAGAUUCUACUUUAAUUUCUAAACAGAUACUGACGGACUGUCGAGCGGUGUUGGUAGUUCUGGGGCCCUGGUGUGCAGAUAAAGUAGCUGGAAUGAUGGUGAGAGAACUGCAGAAACACAUCAAACACGAGCAAGAGGAGCUGCACAGGAAAUUCCUGCUGUUCACAGACACUUUCCUGCGGAAAAUCCAUGCCCUGUGUGAAGAGCACUUCUCACCUGCCUCACUGGACCUGAGAUUUGUAACUCCCAAAGUGAUCAAACUGCUGGAGAUCCUCCGCAAGUACAAACCGUAUGAGCGACAGCAGUUUGAGAGCGUGGAGUGGUACAAUAACAGGAACCAGGAUAACUAUGUGUCUUGGAGUGACUCUGAGGAUGAUGAUGAAGAUGAAGAAAUUGAAGAAAAGGAGAAGCCAGAGACAAAUUUCCCUUCUCCAUUCACCAAUAUUUUAUGUGGAAUUAUUUUUGUGGAAAGAAGAUACACAGCAGUUGUCUUAAACAGAUUGAUAAAGGAAGCUGGCAAACAGGACCCAGAGCUGGCUUACAUCAGCAGCAACUUCAUCACUGGGCACGGCAUCGGGAAGAACCAGCCUCGCAACAAGCAGAUGGAAGCGGAAUUCAGGAAGCAGGAAGAGGUACUUAGGAAAUUUCGAGCACAUGAGACCAACCUGCUAAUUGCAACAAGUAUUGUGGAAGAGGGUGUUGAUAUACCAAAAUGCAACUUGGUGGUCCGUUUUGAUUUACCCACAGAGUAUCGAUCCUAUGUUCAAUCUAAGGGAAGAGCAAGGGCACCCAUCUCCAAUUAUAUCAUGUUAGCAGAUACAGACAAAAUCAAAAGUUUUGAAGAAGACCUUAAAACAUACAAAGCUAUUGAAAAGAUUUUGAGAAACAAAUGCUCCAAGUCAGUUGACACUGGGGAGACUGACAUCGAGCCUGUGGUGGACGACGACGACGUGUUCCCGCCGUAUGUGCUGAGGCCCGAUGACGGGGGUCCACGCGUCACAAUCAACACGGCCAUCGGGCACAUCAAUAGAUACUGCGCUAGAUUACCAAGUGACCCAUUCACUCAUCUAGCUCCUAAAUGCAGAACCCGAGAGUUACCUGAUGGGACGUUCUAUUCAACUCUUUACCUGCCAAUCAACUCACCUCUUCGAGCCUCCAUUGUUGGUCCCCCAAUGAGCUGUAUACGAUUGGCUGAAAGAGUUGUAGCUCUUAUUUGCUGUGAGAAACUGCACAAAAUUGGUGAACUGGAUGACCAUUUGAUGCCAGUUGGGAAAGAAACUGUUAAAUAUGAAGAAGAGCUUGAUUUGCAUGAUGAAGAAGAGACCAGUGUCCCAGGCAGACCAGGUUCUACAAAACGAAGACAGUGCUACCCAAAAGCAAUUCCAGAAUGUCUGAGGGAUAGCUAUCCCAAACCUGAUCAGCCCUGCUACCUGUAUGUGAUAGGAAUGGUUCUAACGACCCCAUUACCUGAUGAACUCAACUUCAGAAGACGGAAGCUCUAUCCCCCUGAGGACACCACAAGAUGCUUUGGGAUACUGACAGCCAAACCCAUACCUCAGAUUCCGCACUUUCCGGUGUACACUCGCUCUGGAGAGGUCACCAUAUCCAUCGAGCUGAAGAAGUCUGGCUUCACGCUGUCUCUCCAGAUGCUCGAGUUGAUUACAAGGCUCCACCAGUAUAUAUUCUCACAUAUUCUUCGCCUUGAAAAGCCUGCACUAGAAUUCAAGCCCACAGACGCUGACUCAGCAUACUGUGUUCUACCUCUGAAUGUUGUGAAUGACUCCAGCACUCUGGACAUUGACUUUAAAUUCAUGGAAGAUAUUGAGAAAUCAGAAGCUCGCAUAGGCAUCCCCAGUACAAAGUACUCAAAAGAAACACCCUUUGUUUUUAAAUUGGAAGAUUACCAGGACGCAGUUAUCAUCCCCAGGUAUAGAAAUUUUGAUCAACCUCAUCGGUUUUAUGUUGCUGAUGUGUACACUGACCUUACCCCACUGAGCAAAUUUCCUUCCCCCGAGUAUGAAACUUUUGCAGAAUAUUAUAAAACCAAGUACAACCUUGACCUGACCAAUCUCAACCAGCCACUGCUGGAUGUGGACCACACAUCCUCAAGACUUAAUCUUUUGACACCUCGCCAUUUGAAUCAGAAAGGGAAAGCCCUUCCUCUAAGCAGUGCUGAAAAGAGGAAAGCCAAAUGGGAAAGUCUGCAGAAUAAACAGAUACUGGUUCCCGAACUCUGUGCUAUCCAUCCGAUCCCAGCCUCGCUGUGGCGGAAAGCCGUCUGUCUCCCCAGCGUUCUGUACCGCCUUCACUGCCUUCUGACCGCCGAGGAGCUCCGAGCCCAGACAGCCAGCGAUGCCGGCGUGGGAGUCAGAUCCCUUCCUGUGGAUUUUAGAUACCCUAACUUAGACUUUGGGUGGAAAAAAUCUAUCGACAGCAAAUCUUUCAUCUCAAUUGCUAACUCCUCUUCAGCUGAAAAUGAUCAUUACUGUAAGCACAGCACAAUUGUCCCUGAACAUGCUGCACAUCAAGGUGCUAGUAGAACCUCCUCUCUAGAGAAUCAUGACCAAAUGUCUGUGACCUGCAGAGCGUUACUCAGUGAGUCACCUGGUAAGCUCCCCAUUGACGUGCCCACAGACCUCACAGCAAUUAACGGUCUUUCUUACAAUAGAAAUCUUGCCAAUGGCAGUUAUGAUUUAGCUAACAGAGACUUUUGCCAAGGAAAUCAGCUGAAUUACUACAAGCAGGAAAUACCUGUACAACCAACUACCUCAUAUCCCAUUCAGAAUUUAUACAAUUGUGAGAACCAGCCCACGCCCAGCGAUGAAUGUACUCUACUGAGUAAUAAAUACCUUGAUGGAAAUGCUAACAAAUCUACCUCAGAUGGCAGUCCCGCGGGGGCCACGGUGCCUGGUCCCACAGAAGCUGUUGCCGUGCGCAAGGACAGGCUGGGCUCUGCGCAGAGCCCCUCUCCUGGCUACUCCUCCAGGACUCUGGGCCCAAACCCUGGACUCAUUCUUCAGGCUUUGACCCUUUCGAAUGCCAGCGAUGGGUUCAACCUGGAGCGGCUCGAGAUGCUGGGGGACUCCUUCCUAAAGCACGCCAUCACCACGUAUCUAUUUUGCACUUACCCUGAUGCGCACGAGGGCCGCCUUUCAUACAUGAGAAGCAAAAAGGUCAGCAACUGCAAUCUGUAUCGGCUUGGGAAGAAGAAGGGGCUGCCCAGCCGCAUGGUGGUGUCCAUAUUCGACCCCCCUGUGAACUGGCUUCCUCCUGGUUAUGUAGUCAAUCAAGACAAAAGCAGCACAGAUAAAUGGGAGAAGGAUGAACUGCAGCUAUGUCUCCCUCCUGCCCCAUUCCCCUCGUUGCAGACAAAGGACUGCAUGUUGGCUAAUGGCAAACUGGACGAUGACUUUGACGAGGACGAGGAGGAGGGCCUGCUGUGGAGGGCCCCCAAGGAGGACGCCGACGACGAGGACGACUUCCUGGAGUACGACCAGGAGCACAUCCAGUUCAUAGACAACAUGCUGAUGGGAUCGGGAGCUUUUGUGAAGAAAAUCCCUCUCUCUCCCUUUUCAGCCGCCGACUCAGCAUAUGAGUGGAAAAUGCCCAAAAAAGCCUCCUUAGGUAGCAUGCCAUUUUCAGCAGACUUCGAGGACUUUGACUAUAGCUCUUGGGAUGCAAUGUGCUAUCUGGAUCCUAGCAAAGCUGUGGAGGAGGAUGACUUUGUGGUGGGGUUCUGGAACCCAUCAGAGGAAAACUGUGGUGUUGACACAGGGAAACAGUCCAUUUCUUAUGACCUGCACACGGAGCAGUGCAUUGCUGACAAAAGCAUCGCUGACUGCGUGGAAGCCCUGCUGGGCUGCUAUUUAACCAGCUGUGGCGAGAGGGCGGCUCAGCUUUUCCUCUGCUCGCUGGGGCUGAAGGUGCUCCCUGUAAUUAAAAGGACUGAGCGCGAGAAGGCCGUGUGCCCUGCCCGGGAGAAUUGCAGCAGCCAACAAAGGAGCCUUUCAGGGAGCCGGGCGGCGGCCUCGGCCUCGGCCAGCUCCCGCUCCGCCGCGGGGAAGGACGUGGAGUACGGCUGCCUGAAGAUCCCACCCCGGUGCAUGUUCGACCAUCCGGACGCAGAUAAGACCCUGACGCACCUCAUAUCAGGUUUUGAGAAUUUUGAAGAGAAAAUCAACUACAGAUUCAAGAACAAGGCUUACCUUCUGCAGGCGUUUACCCACGCCUCCUACCACUACAACACUAUUACCGAUUGUUACCAGCGCCUGGAGUUCCUGGGAGACGCGAUCUUGGACUACCUCAUAACCAAGCACCUUUACGAAGACCCGCGGCAGCACUCCCCGGGCGUCCUGACGGACCUGCGCUCCGCCCUGGUCAACAACACCAUCUUCGCGUCCUUGGCCGUGAAGUACGACUACCACAAGUACUUCAAAGCCGUGUCCCCGGAGCUCUUCCAGGUCAUCGACGUCUUUGUGCAGUUCCAGCUCGAGAAGAACGAAAUGCAGGGGAUGGAUUCUGAGCUCAGGCGGUCCGAGGAGGAUGAGGAGAAGGAGGAGGACAUUGAAGUCCCCAAGGCCAUGGGGGAUAUUUUUGAGUCACUUGCUGGUGCCAUUUACAUGGACAGUGGGAUGUCGCUGGAGAUGGUUUGGCAGGUGUACUAUCCUAUGAUGCGGCCACUCAUAGAAAAAUUUUCUGCAAAUGUGCCCCGUUCCCCUGUGCGAGAAUUGCUUGAAAUGGAACCAGAAACCGCCAAGUUUAGCCCGGCGGAGAGGACCUACGAUGGCAAGGUCAGAGUCACCGUGGAGGUGGUGGGGAAGGGGAAGUUCAAAGGCGUGGGUCGCAGCUACAGGAUCGCCAAGUCUGCAGCGGCAAGAAGAGCCCUCCGCAGCCUCAAAGCCAAUCAACCUCAGAACUGUAACCGCGUCCAUGAGCAAGUAAGGCUGGGUGUGGAUUUGACUUGUGAUGAAGGCAUAUCACAGAUCUCCGAACAACGCGCAAACGACCUGCUGCCAGGCGGAGGGUGGCGUUGUCUAGCGCACUCAUCCCAGGGUCGCGGGCUCUCCUCCUGGCACCAAUGUCAGAUUGUUCACAGUACAGUUCCCACUGGGAGAAAAUGCCUCAAUAUAUUUUGUAACCUUAAGAAGAGUAUUUUUUGUUAAUACUUUAAAAGUUCAGACUUGGAUAUGAUUAGGUCAUACGUUCUCAGGGGUUCAAAUUUCCUGCUACCAUUCAAAAUGUUUUAUCAACAGCAAACUUGAGCUAUUUCUGUUUUUGUUUGUUUUUUGCUGGAGAAAAUUAGCUGAUUUUAAUUUGUGACUCCCACUUUGAAGCAGUCUCUGACCCCUGGUUGCUCUGUUAUAAAGAAAAGCUAUGAGUUAGGCGAGUGAAAUGGUUAUGAACGCUCUGUGCUGCUGAAUCUAAUGCUGUAACGUUUCCCUGUUGAGCUUGUUGAAAUGUUUCUCGUCUGUUAAUUAGGAACAAGAUCACUCUGCAUUGCCCGCCCGUCCCCGUCCCCCCUCCUCAUCCACCGUGUGUGCCAUCCCUGCGUCCUGUGAUGGCGACGGGAGGCGGGAUGCAGUGUGAGCCUGUGGGUGCUGCGGGCGCUGGGGAGGCCUGCACGCCUGACCUGAAGCGCAGCUGACUGCACAGGCUCCCCAGGGUUGUGUGGAGGUCAGUUGGCUUGACCCUCAUUGUAAACGUCUUUAACUUCUGUGUGUACCCUCAGCCGUCCUCACUGCGCUGCGCUUGUCACCCACCCCCAUGGAGCACAGAGCAGCAUUGCACUUGGUACCAUGCUUACCUCAUUUCAAGGAAAUAUGCUUAACUGAGAGCAAAAAAUGUGGUUUGGCCUCGCUGCUGUUUUGAUUUACCGAAUUUGAGAAAGAUAAUUCUAAUGCCUGCAAUGUGUCAUGUAUCCUUGCACAACUUCAAUGGAUCAUUCUUGUCUGUGGCAUUUUUACUGUUUGUGAAAGUAUGACAAAGAUUUGUUAACUGAACUCUUAAUUAUGUUUAAAAAUGUUUGUUACUUUUUUCUUUUAUAUUAUGUGAUGUGAUUAAAUGUAGAAUGACCUCUAACACUCCUGUAAUUUUUAUCUUUGAACAUACUAAUAUUUUUAUUUUCUUAAUAAUAGCUUGCCCUCAGAGAGAUUCAAAUUCCCCGGCCAAAAUCGCAAGAGAUGUAGGCUCCUUUGGUUCUGGUGGUUCAGUUCAUGCACCGGCGCUCACCCGGCAGUCGGCCCUUCAGUGGGCGCCUGGAGCGGGCGGGGCUGCGGGCGGCAGAGGACUCCAGCCCAGACCCACCGCGUCCAGUCCCGGGCCAGGCGUUUACCUUGGCAUCUCGCUCUGUGAGGGGAUCUCAUUCUCUCUCACAGAAUGUGACCCGCGAGACGGAGACCUGGGCGUUUUUAUUUAACCGGCGUCUGGAAUGACGUUGAGUCCUUAGCCAGCUUUGUCCUCUGCGGAAGGGCGCACGCUGCGUUUGUCACCUGACGGUUAUUUUAAUUCCAUUUACAUAGGUGUAUUUUUUCAACCACUGAUUACUUUUCAGGAAUUUAAUUAUCUCCAGAUGAAUUCCUUUAUUUUAUAUUGUACAUGAAACGGUUUUAAGACACAUUGAAGACCGAGCAUAUUAAAAUGAUCUUAAGAGUUGGAGACCCUAGGAGCGAUGUUAGGGAGCUUGCAUUAAGACUGUAUUUUCCACCAGCAGUGAAAAUGGUCUCGCGAAACUGACUUGUAAAUAUAUUUUAAUCAUUAACUGCUUCUUUUUCAGUCCGUUUUUAUUUGGACAUCAACCAGACAGUUUAGAUUCUGUAGAUGUGCUCAGAACUCACUGCGGCAGCCGGUUGGUUAUACAGCAAAACUGCGAAGGUGAACAAAAGUGACAUUUCUGGCAUUUCUGUUGUAACUAGAGUGCAGGAAAAGGACUAAAAUCAAGUAAUACUAACGUGUACUCUGGUUGACAGUAAAGUCUUUACCACCACACACUGCAGCUGUUUGUAAGAACGUGACGUCACUGCUCACACGUCGUCAUCAGCAGAAGGCUGCGUCUGCACUCAUGGGCCGCAGUUACCUUCCGUCGUGUUUUCUUUUUUGUGUAAUAAUUGUAGCCGAGUAAACCUCCAAUAAAGUUAUGGUCUGUUCA